AUGUCGUACGGGAAUAAUAGAAACCAACACCAACAGCAACAACAGCAGGAUAGUAAUGUGUAUGUUACUACUUCAGGUGGUGGCAGGAACGCUCCAAAACAGAUCCAUGUGGCUCAUAGACGGUCGCAGAGUGAACUUACCAAUCUGAUGAUCGAACAAUUCACAUUACAGAAACAAUUGGAGAUGGUUCAACAACAACAGCAACAGUUGUUAGCACAACAGCAGCAUCUUGCAAAACAACAACAACAAGCUCAGCAACAGGCAGCUGCGAGCUCAGGCCAUUAUUACUCGAACUCAAAUUCAAAUGCAGCAAACCAUGGGUUUAUACCUCCUCAAAAUUAUCCAUCCUAUCAACAACCUCAAUUGCAACAGCAACAAGGUAAUAGAAGUAGGACCCAUUCAAGAAAUAAUUCGGGGUAUUACCAAAAUACUUAUGAUGUUCUAGCUAACAACAAUAAUGACUCUAUUAGUAGCAAUACCAAUGCGAAUAACAAUAACGAUACUCAUAGAAGAACAGGCUCUUCAUCAUCGGGUGUCUAUGGUCACUCUAGAAGACAUUCGUUAGGAUUGAAUGAGGCUAAGAAAGCAGCUGCGGAAGAACAAGCAAAGAGAGUAGGUGUUAAUGUGGAUAUUAGAAUAGAAGAUACAGGUAAAGAAAGUAUCGAGGGCUCUUCAGUAUCAUCUCCAUCAUCUACUGAACAAUCUGCAUUUAAAUUUCCACCACCUCAGCAAACUACUAAUGCUACUACUAUAACUAAUACUAGUAGCAACUUGGCUCCUCCAAAUGCCUUUAAGUUCCCCCCACCUCAGCAAAAUGCUACUACUACUUCCACUACUGCAGCACCUUCAACAAAUAACGAUGAUGAUUUUAUUCCAACUUCAAGCACUCAUCGUCGUUCACGUACUAGAAAUAGUGAUUUAUCACCAGGUAUUAAUUCCAAUUGGAGAAACCAAUCUCAGGGACCACCACAACAUCAACAUCAACAGUCCGGAAAUUUCGGACAUUUCAACCAACAACAACAACAACAACAACAACAACAGCAGCAGCAGCAAUCUCCAUACCGCCAUAACAAAUCAUCUUCAAGAGAUUAUAAUUCAUUUGGUGCUUUGGAACCACCACCAUUUUUCCAAGGUCACAAACAUCGUUCAUCAAAUUCCUCGGCAUUCAAUAGUUUCUCUUCAAAUAAUGGGAACCAAAAUGGUCGUAAAUCUCUUUUUGCUCCAUAUCUACCUCAAGCUAAUAUCCCACAACUGAUCGAAGAAGGAAAAUUGGUAGCAGGUAUCAUAAGAGUCAAUAAGAAAAACAGAUCUGAUGCUUGGGUAUCCACUGAUGGUUCAUUAGAUGCAGAUAUUUAUAUAUGUGGUUCAAAGGAUCGUAAUAGAGCUCUAGAAGGUGACUUGGUGGCCGUUGAACUUUUGGUAGUAGAUGAAGUUUGGGACUCUAAGAAGGAAAAAGAAGAGAAGAAAAGAAGAAAAGAUGCAUCCAUUCAACAAGAUAUUAUCCCAUUAAGCGGAAAUGAUGAUUAUCAUAACGAUGCUUCCGCUAAUGCAGCUAAUGCCACUGAACUUUCAUCAAAUGCCAAUGAUAACAACACUUCUUCUCCUUCUACAUCACAUGGUAGUAAUAACAAUAACAGCAGCAUCAACAGCGAUGACCAUAUCAUCUCUACAAGUGGAAUGAAUUCGUUAUCCAGGGGAUCCGGUGAUUCCGAUGGUCAUGCUACUUCAAUUAAAAGAAGAGGUUCAUUGAAACAACGUCCUACUCAAAAGAAGAAUGACGAUGUAGAGGUCGAAGGUCAAUCUUUGCUACUGGUGGAAGAAGAAGAAAUCAAUGACAGAUUCAAACCUUUAUACGCUGGCCAUGUUGUUGCGGUCCUUGAUAGAAUUCCAGGUCAAUUGUUUAGUGGUACAUUAGGUCUAUUGAGACCUUCUCAGCAAGCUCAAAAACGUAAUAACAAUAAAAACAACAAUAAUGAUGAUGACAAGGAUAAGGAUAGAGAGACAGAUAACAGACCAAUUCAAGCACCAAAGAUUGCUUGGUUUAAACCAACAGACAAAAAAGUUCCAUUGAUUGCAAUUCCAACCGAGUUGGCUCCAAAGGACUUUGUUGAAAACGCAAGUGCUUACGCUGAUAAACAAUUCGUCGCCUCCAUUAAACGUUGGCCAAUCACAUCUUUACAUCCAUUUGGUAUCCUUGUAUCUGAGCUUGGUGAGAUUAAUGAUCCAAACACCGAUAUCGAUGCCAUCCUAAGAGAUAAUAACUUCUUAUCAAAUGAAUACCUAGAUUCCAAGGAUCCGACCAGGGAAAGAAGUAUCUUCCAAGCAAGCUCGGUAGCUCCAGAGAAUUUGGCCAAACGUGUAAGAUUUGAUUUAGCUAAUGAUUAUAAUGUCAUUGCCACUACAUUCAAUAAUCAAUAUGCUGAGUUUGCUGUCCAUGUUAAACACGAUAGAACCCAUAAUAUUAUCGAAUUAGGGUGUCAUAUUACAGACGCUACUGAACAAAUAGAAGCUAAUUCAUCACUCGACAAACGUGCAAGAAAAAGAUCAACAAGUGUCUUCAUGCCUCAAAAGACUGUCAAUUUAUUACCUGUGGCUGUAAAUGAAGCUCUAACAUUAGCACCAAAUAAAGAAAGCCCAACAAUCUCAAUCGUAUUUGCUUUGGAUGCAGAGACAUUAGCUGUGAAAUCAACUUGGUUUGGUGAAUCGAUCGUGGUUCCUUCUGACAUCAAGACCAUCAAAGAAGUUGAAGAUGAAGUAGAUUCUUCACCAGAGAUUAACUUGUUACGUAAUAUUGCUACUCAUUUUUACCGUACAAGAAUUAAUUCAACAACGGCUACUCUAGAACCAUCCUUGUCACUAUUCGAAUACCUAGAUGAUGAAAAGGUUAAUGUUGAUUUAAACAUAUUACAAAGAAGUUUAGGUUUCUUAAUUAUAAACGAAAUCCAACGUAAAGUGAAUAGUUCUGUUGCCGAAAAACUUUAUUCAAAAUUGGGUGAUAAUGCAUUUUUAAGAAGACAAACACAGCCAAUCGCAACAAAACUCUUAUCGUUUAAAAAUAAAGUUAACAAGUUCGGUCAUACCAUAGAUGUGACCUCAUCCGAUACAGUGAUUAAUUCUAUCUUAGACAUCAAAGAUCCAAAUGUUAGACAAGGUGUAGAAGUGUUACUUUUCAAGACCUUUUCUAGAGCCAAAUAUUUUGUUGCAGGUAAAGUUGACCCAGAUCAAUUUGGCCAUUACGCUUUAAACUUACCAAUUUAUACACAUUUCACUAACCCAUUAAGAAGAUAUGCUGACCAUAUGGCACAUAGACAAUUGAAGGCCAUUAUCAAUAAUAUUCCAUACGAAGAAGAUAUCGAAGCAUUAAAGAUCACCUCUGAAUAUUGUAAUUUCAAGAAGGAUUGUGCAUUCCAAGCUCAGGAACAGUCAGUUCACUUGCUAUUAUGUAAGACGAUCAACGAUAUGGGCAAUUCAACUGGUCAACUAUUAACUAUGGCUACCGUAUUACAAGUGUAUGAAUCCUCAUUUGAUGUGUUGAUUCCAGAGUUCGGUAUCGAGAAAAGAGUUCACGGUGAUCAAUUACCUUUGUUUAAGGCCGAGUUUGAUGGUACUAAUAAAAUUUUGGAAUUGAAUUGGCAACCAGGUGUUGACAGUGCUACUUUUGUUCCAGCUGACGAAAAAAAUCCGAAGUCCUAUAGAAAUUCUAUUAGAAACAAGUAUAAGUCUACUACAGCCGAAAUUGCAAACAUAGAAUACGAGCAAACUAAAAAUGGAAAUAACAUGAUUAGUGAUGAUUUAGGUAAGGAACUGGCCAAGUUACAUUUAGAAGUGCCUCAUUUGAAGCUUGCUAAACACAAUCAAACAAAGAAGGAUGCAUUAGAAUACUUUAUUGAUACCACUACAAUAAGAAAAGAAAAAGAAAAUUGUAUUCAGGAGAUUCACGAGUUACAACAAGUUCCUGUAUUAUUAAGAGCCGAGGUAGGUAUGGCGUUACCAUGUCUAUCCGUUCGUGCAUUGAAUCCUUUUCUAAAGAGGGGUGAGUAA